AUGGAUGCGGCGGACAAGCGGAUGUUGGAUCGCGAGGCGCUCCGCAACAUGAUCCAGCAGUGGAACGCCAACAGACUGGACCUGUUUGAACUCAGCGAACCGAAUGAGAACUUGGAGUUCCACGGUGUGAUGCGUUUCUAUUUCCAAGAUUCGGGUCAGAAGAUAGCGACGAAGUGCAUCAGGGUCGCCUCCGACGCUACAGUUAGUGAUGUUAUAGAGACCCUGAUAGAGAAGUUCCGUCCGGACAUGCGCAUGUUGUCCCUCGGCUCGUACUCUCUGUGGGAGACUCACGGGCCGGAGGACGAGCGGCGUCUGGAGCCUCACGAGAAGCCGCUGCUGGUACAACUGAACUGGCACGCUGAUGACAGGGAGGGACGGUUCCUGCUCAAGUGUCUCACUAAUAGUGAUCUUCCUCUAUCAUCAGUCAACGAGAAGAGCGAUCAGAACUUCAAACGGAAAUUGUCAAAGAGAGAAAAGAAAGAAUUGAAGAAAAAAGAAAAGCUAUCAAGACUUAAAUCAGACACCAAUGAUGAAAAUAGACCCGUCGCUGAGAAAUUAUAUACAGAGCUUCCUGAAACGUCGUUCACUCGCAGCAUCAGUAACCCUGAAGCCGUCAUGAGACGUCGAAGACAACAGAAACUGGAGAGGAAGCUGCAGCAGUUCCGCUCCAAGGAUGGAGGACCUGAUACUGGUGGCACGUUAAAGAUCUACGGUUCGUCCCUUUGUCCGGACGUUCCAUACAAGACGUUGUUGUUAUCUGUUGGCGACACGGCGGCCGGAGUAGUCCGUGAGAUGCUCGACAAAUACGGUCUGUCGAGACACGACCCUCAGCAAUUCUGCAUCGUACAGGUGGAUGCAGCAGACAAUUCAGAAUACAUCUUAGAAGAUGACGAAUGUCCUCUCGCCAUCGUGAUGACACAUCAACACCGCAGUAAGUCAAUAUAUUGA